AAGAGGACUCCGAUUGUGACGGAUCUGAAGUCCAAAACAUUAAUCUGACUAUUGGAUUGCAGGAAGCAGAGACUUCUGUAUGUGAGUGAGUGACUCCCCCUGCUGGGACCCGAGUAGAUAAAAGGAAACUGAAGAUGAAGCCCGCUGCCACCUAUGAGCUGCUGGUGGAUGGUGUUGGGCAGUGGGAUUUUACUGGAAAUUUUGUUCCUUGUGAGUUGUUGCUCACAGGAGACGCUGCAUUCCCGGUGUUGGUAAGCCCUGAGAAGCAGGUACUGAUCGCUGUUUCUCACUAUGGGAAGGGACGGAUGGUGGUCGUUUCUCACGAGGAAAUCCUGAAGAAUCCCAACUUUUCCCAGUUCCUUAGGAACGCGGUGGACUGGCUCAGACCCUCCCCAGAGGCGCAGGUUGGAGUCCACAGGAGCCUGGAUCCCCUCUCUCAGCUGCUCCUAAGGUCCAGCACUAAAGUGCAGCCUGGCGUGGGGCUCAGUGCCUCUCUAGGGGUGUACUGUACAGAUGCCUAUGACGACGCUCAGGCAGAGGAGCUGGUCCACUUUGUAAAGGGAGGUGGGGGCCUGCUCAUCGGUGGUCAGGCCUGGUACUGGGCUAGUCAACACGGUGCGGAGAAGGUGCUGUUUGAAUUCCCUGGGAACCGAGUGACCAGCGUGGCUGGCGUGUACUUCACCGGCAAUACAGUGGGGCCAGGGAUCUUCAAAGUCUCGGGAAAGAUCCCAAAGAUCCCCUUGAUCGUCCCGCACGGGGCUAAUCUCAGCCAGGAUGUAGAGCUUCUCCUCAAUGGUGUGUCGGAACUGGAUAUAGUGACCGGCGGGGUGCCCUCCCCACUGCUGGUGCAUGGGGUGCUGGCCUUCCCCCUCGGCCUGGACAGCUCCCACCGUUGCUUCCUUGCUGCAGCGCGCUAUGGCCGGGGCCGGGUAGUGGUGGCGUCUCAUGAGGGCCAGCUGUGUGCCCCAAAGCUGGCAGGGUUCCUGCUUAAUGCUGUACACUGGUUGGACGCUGGGAGGCAGGGGCUGGUUGGGGUUGCUGCCCCCCUGAAGGGGCUGUGUUCCCUGCUGUCCCAGGAGGGCCGGAAGUACCGGGUAUCAGCGCUGACGAGUGACAUGAGCGUCUACUGCUGCCCUUCUCACAGCGACCAAGAGACAGAGAAGAUCCAGGCCUUUGUGGCGGAGGGGGGAGGGCUGCUGAUUGGGGGGCAGGCCUGGUACUGGGCUUCCCAAAAUCAAGGCCAAGCUGCCGUUGCCGGAUACCCUGGCAACAAAAUCCUCAACCGCUUUGGGAUCAGCAUCCUGGGCAUGAACCUCAAGGCAGAUAAAUACGCAGCACUGGUACCGGGGGAGCUUCCCCGUCACUACCACUUCCGUCAGGCACUCUCCCUCUUCCAGAGGCAUGUGGACAAGGAGGAGGCACUCAGAGCUCCCCUGGCAGACUGGCUGCAUAGACUAGGGCAGGACUGUUCUGCCUUCCUGAGGAUCCCAGCUGAAGACUGCCCCGCGUACUCCUCACUCCACCGCAUCCUGCUCAAAGUGCUGCGCAGAGGUGGGAUCCCGCAGGUCAGCAAGAAGAACCCAAUCAAGAGCAACUCCAAGGAGGCAGCCCUGCUGUGCCUGGCCACACAGCUGUCCCAGACCAUGACGGACUGUGCUGUCCUGGUGCAGAAACCCACCGAUGGGGUCUGCACGCUCCCGUCCAGCUCUCCUAUCACCCUGGAAAUCGAUGGCACAAAUACAGGUGGGACAGCAUGGAUGAGUACAGGACUUUACCUACCUGAUGGGAACACGGCAGUGAUGACGUUUCCUUGCAUGGCGACCAGUGCUGGUCUGCAGGUGCAGAUUGGAUGUCACUCUGAUGACCUCACCGCUGCGAAGGAGCUGACACGGGCCCCCAUGGUGAUACGCAAGUGCCAGGUCAGCUGCCAGAAGCAGUCAGUCUCCUGCCUCUGGGGUGGCCUCAUUUACAUCCUCGUGCCAGGGGGGAGCCAGCUGGGCAAAGUGCCCAUCACUGUGGAAGGGGCAGUCAAGGUUCCCUACUUCAGACUGGGAGAGACCUGUAAAUGCCAGUGGCUGGCCAGCAUCCGGCACUACCCUGCCCCCUGGGCCGAACUAGCUACUGAGAACAUUAUCCUGACUGUGCCUGCUGACACCAUCCGCCACAUAGAGAACCCAGAGCCUCUUCUGACCCUCUGGGACCAGAUCAUGCUGGCUAUAGCUGAGUUGGCAGCAGCACCAGUGAAGUUCCCAAGGCCAGAGAGGAUUGUAACAGACGUCCAGAUCUCAGCUGGCUGGAUGCACGCUGGCUACCCCAUCAUGGGCCACCUGGAUUCGGUGAAGGAGAUGGUGAAUGUGGAACACAUGCGAGCCACUGGCCUGUGGGGCCCCAUCCACGAGCUGGGACACAACCAGCAGCGGGCAGGCUGGGAAUUCCCCCCUCACACUACUGAGGCCACCUGCAACCUGUGGUCUGUCUAUGUGCAUGAGAAGGUGCUGGGGAUCCCCAGGGACAGGGCCCACCAGGCUCUCCAGCCACAGUGUCGGAAGCAGAGGGUCACAGGUUAUCUGGAGAAAGGGGCUCAGCUGAAGGACUGGAGCAUGUGGACUGCGCUGGAGACGUACUUGCAGCUGCAGGAGGGCUUUGGCUGGGAACCCUUCAUCCUCCUCUUCUCUGACUACCAGAAAAUGUCCAACAUCCCCAAGGACAACCCCUCCAAGAUGAACCUGUGGGCUGAGAAAUUCUCUCGGCAGGUGAACAAGAAUCUGGCUCCUUUCUUUCAGGCCUGGGGCUGGCCUAUCAAGGAAGAAGUCUCCUUGGAACUGGCUUCUCUACCAAACUGGGAGGAGAACCCAAUGAAGCUAUACAGACCUGGGAAGAAAUGAAGUCUGGACACUUCGUCUCCAAAACUAAUCCAAUAGCCGCUUACCUUUCCUUUAAGCUGUACCAGAGUUUGCAUUGGUCUAGCAGGUAUACUUAGUGCUGCCUCAGCGCUGGCGGCUGGCCUAGAUCUCUCAAGGUCCCUUCCAGCCUGACGUUUCUAUGAUCGUGCCAACAUACUGUCUGAUUCCGAUUUUAUCCACAACCUCUAUCCUUCACUGCACAGUGGGAUAUGGACUACUAUUCCCUAUCUUUGCCCUGAAUUCCAUAGCUUGUUGCUCUCUCUGCAUGAAAUCCCCUCACACCCCACCCAUGCAGGGGGUCAGCAAAAGUCUAUGUGACACCCAAAUUCCUUGUAAACUGUGUUUUGAGGAUUUAAGUAGUGCAUAGGCCUGGUGCUGACCCUCUGCCUAGGGGGGAAUUUCAUCCCUGCUGUGCUUACUUCCUGCCGAACCUGUCUCUCCAUGCAAAUGGGUGGACAAAUCACUGGGUUAUCUCAGGGAUUACACAAAAGAGAUCCAUAUCCUUAAUGCUAAUGAUGGCAAAGACAAUAUUGAUUUCUUCUAGUUUAUUGUUUUAAUGUAGGUAAUACUAGAACUUCAGUAUACAUUUCAUUGGUCUUAGUUCUUAUUAAGAUUUAAUCUCUCUAAUACUGGAUAAGAUUCCACACCCACAGUCUUAAAACCAAGUGACCUCAUAAUGUGUUUAUCCAAUUGCCAUUUAGCUGAAAUCCCAAAUACUGGUACUUUCUUUCAAUUGUGCAUUGCUGAUUUUCAUUUUUCUUCUGUCUCAGAUGUAUUCCUGAUUUUCUGGGAUACUAUCUGUGAAAAUGCAUUGGCUUAGACUUCUGCAUCAUGUUCCUGUUAGAGAGCUUAUUCCUUCACUCUCCCACUUCCCUGAUCCUUCUCGCAUGAAUGGAGAGCAGCAAUACCCGAAGUCCGAAGGUGCAAACAAUUCAAUGUUUAUUGGGGUGAACUUCCAGCAAGCUUAAAUCCAAGUUCCUUUUUCCUUAUUUUCGAAUCCCAACUUACUUCCUGUUUGUCCCUAAUUUAUAUAGUAAUAUUCUUAGCUAUACCUUAACCAAUCAUUCUACUAAAAUUUACCUAACCAAUCCUAACAUAUUGUAACAUGAUUAGCUAACCAAUUAUAUCCCACCACCUUAAUUAGUUUACACCAACCAAAAUUAAUUAUACAGCAGACAGAAACAAUCACAGAACCAGACAGAGACCAUGCAAAUAAACAUACAAAACAAUACAGAAGUGAGGAUUUCACAAUUACAUCUAUACAGACAUAAGGGUUUUACAACUACAUCUAUACAGACAUAAGGGGUUUCCAGCUGUGUCUAUUGAUAAGUGAGUUCUUACAAGACAGAAAACUAUCAAACUAAAUUUCCUUUUACAUGUUCUAGGCUCUUCCCUUUCUCUGGAGCUGAUAGAUCGGAUCACCUUCCUAACAGCCCCAGAUUGCCUUAUUUCAGUAUGACUAAACAGGGCCUCAGACUGUCACAGUGAGAGAAGGCCCUUACACAGACAGACAGUGAUUUUGAUUCUUUCUUUUAUACCUCUAUAACUAGCUAAGUGAUAAGAAUACACCUAAAUUCUUAAAGUAUAGGCCUUUGCAGACAGGCUUGAAUAUCUGUAUCCUAACAGUUCCAAAGUUACGUUCCAUUCUUUUUUCCCCAUAUUGAUAUGAGAUGUUCUCCCAGUAGACCAUUGUCCCCCAUCCUCCAGGCAGAAGUUCAGCACAGGUGUGUACAACACUUAAAUCCCACUUUGGCCCUGUUUUGAAGGCUCAAAAUACAGUUUACAUGGUGCUUAGAUUUUUGUGCUGGCCCUAUAUAUUGGGGUGAAUUUCACCCUUGGUGAGUGUAUAAGCAGUGGACAAGAAAUCAAUGCAUAUACACAAAUUGCUCAAAAUCCUAUCAGUUUUAUUAUAGGACUGUCUUGCUUAAGAGGUGGGAUUAUUUAUUUUUGCUCACCAAAAAUGGACUUGAAAAUCCAAAAAUGAGCAGGGCCACUUAUGGCAAAUUACACUAGCUGAGGGUUUGACCUGAAAUGCUUGGAGACAUACAUUGAUGAAAUCCAAAUUUAAACUAACCAAUCUCAUUUUACCAAAAGAGAAAGAUCCGUUCUUUAGCCAAAAUAUGCUAUACUGUGAAAUGGGGAAUAAAUCAGAGUCAUAUUGGCACAUCAAGGAGUCGAAUCCAGAUGUUCAAAGAUGGUUUGCUAAGCACUCCGAGUGCAGGCUUGGGCCUCCGACGUGAAAGCAGGGAGCCCAAUCAGUGACUGCAGCAACAAAACAAGAAAAUGUUGGUGUAGCGACAGAUCUCAAAAUAAUAAAUGAACAUUUUAUAGCUAUUGUGAAACACUAGUUUAGGGAGCAGGAUCAAAACAAUUCAAUGUGCUGUCCAGAAAAAGUUUGUGACGCUGCUGAGAAUAGCCCUUUAAGGAAUUGAAGUGGACAAAGUAAAAUUGAACUGGAGGCUCCAUUAACUUCAGAUUAAAUAAAACCAGUGACUAAAGACCUGACCCUUCCAAUAACCUUUGAGAACCAAUGGGUUCACUUGUGAGCUGUUCAAAUUAAAUAUACAUUUACUAGCUUCAUUCAUGCAGUCAGUUUUGACUUUGUUGAAAGAUUGUUUGCUAGUGUCUGUUAUCGAUCUGUUGUCCCUUGCUCUGAAAAGUCAACAAAGACCCUCCUGAUACUGGCAAAUCAAAGUUGAUUUUAAUUCUACAGUAUGAUUGUGAGACUACAAAAUAUAUAGGUACAAUAUAUAGGUACAAUAAUUCUUCAACAACAAACAGGGUAUAUGAAACAAAAAAUCUUUGAGGCCAAUAACACUGGAACUUUUAUUAGAUUCUUUAUUAGCAAUUUUUGGCCAGAAGCAAAUUGCACAUAAGCAAGGCUUUUCCCCUUAGUGGUUGUAAAGCAUUCAAUAGCAUUGAAUGAACUACUGUUUUAAUAAUAGAUCCAAGCUCUGUACCAUACGCCACAGGUAGCAAUGGCCUCAGGUCUGCUCACUGAGGUGACUCUAACUUAAGAAGUAGUACAACGCAAGUUUGCUCCAUUUUCCUGUUGUUGAUUAUUCUAGUCCUUGAACUUCUAGCAAGAACCAUAGAAAGGAAUCCACCAGUUUAAGAUAUGGUAGAUUAGAGUGGAAGGAGGGGAAAUUAUGCAGUCUGCAGAUUACAUUAUCUAUCUAUCAUACCACUCUUCAGGUAUUUUAAUACUCUGUAUAUGUAUAUUAUAUAUUUGCAGUUUCUUCCCAUCCCUAAAUCUACAUAGUUUAUAUUAUUAGUAUUUAUUUAUUUAUUAUUACUAUUAUGGGAAAGCUAAAUCUGAAUGGACCCCUUAAACCAACUUGCCUCUGCAACUGCUGCCCCACCUCCCUACUCCCAUUCAUCUCUAAGCGUAUUGAAUGUGCUCUUUACAGCUCCUGUCUGGUGUUCCUCUUCUCCAGUUCCCUCCUAGACCCUCUCCAGUCUGACUUCUGGCCCUUGCAUGCCACUGAAAUUGUGCUCAUGAAAGUCCCGAAUGACUUCUUCCUAGCCACAUCCUCAUCCCCCUUGACCUAUUAGCUACCUCUGACACCAUCAACCAUCGUCUCCUUGGAAGGAAAAAUCAGUUUCACACAUACAGAAUGGGAAGAGACUGUCUAGGAAGGAGUACGGCAGAAAGGGAUCUAGGGGUUAUAGUGGACCACAAGCUAAAUAUGAGUCAACAGUGUGAUGCUGUUGCAAAAAAAGCAAACAUGAUCCUGGGAUGUAUUAACAGGUGUGUUGUGAGCAAGACAUGAGAAGUCAUUCUUCCGCUCUACUCUGCUCUGGUUAGGCCUCAGCUGGAGUAUUGAGUCCAGUUCUGGGUGCCGCAUUUUAAAAAAGAUGUGGAGAAAUUGGAAAGGGUCCAGAGAAGAGCAACAAGAAUGAUUAAAGGUCUUGAGAACAUGACCUAUGAAGGAAGGCUGAAAGAAUUGGGUUUGUUUAGUUUGGAAAAGAGAAGACUGAGAGGGGACAUGAUAGCAGUUUUCAGGUAUCUAAAAGGGUGUCAUAAGGAGGAGGGAGAAAACUUGUUCACCUUAGCCUCUAAGGAUAGAACCAGAAGCAAUGGGUUUAAACUGCAGCAAGGGAGGUCUAGGUUGGACAUUAGGAAAAAGUUCCUAACUGUCAGGGUGGUUAAACACUGGAAUAAAUUGCCUAGGGAGGUUGUGGAAUCUCCAUCUCUGGAGAUAUUUAAGAGUAGGUUAGAUAAAUGUCUAUCAGGGAUGGUCUAGACAGUAUUUGGUCCUGCCAUGCGGGCAGGGGACUGGACUCGAUGACCUCUCGAGGUCCCUUCCAGUCCUAGAAUCUAUGAAUCUAUGAAUCCUUAAAAUCUUAUCCUCCCUUGGGUUCUGUGACUCUGUUCUCUCCUGGUUCUUUCUAAUUGCUCCUUCAGCAUGGCCUUUGGAGUAUCCUCAUCUGCCGUCAAGCUUUCUGUUCCACAGAGCUCUGUCCUUGGUCCCCUUCUCUUCUCCCUCUAUACCUUAUCUCUGGGUAAUCUCAUCUGCGAAUACAAAUUUAACUGCCAUCUUUGUGCUGAUGACACAUAGAUCUACCUCUCUACUCCAGGCCUGUCUCUCUGACAUCUCCUCAUGAAUCUCUAGCUCUCAGUUCAAGCUCAACAUGGUUAAAACAGAGCUCCUAAUCUAUCCCCAAGUCCUACCCACACCUCCUUUCUCAAUCACUGUGGACAACACUAUCCGACCUGUAACCUGCGCAUCAUUUUCAACUUGGUCCUCUCUGUAAGUCCUCACAUCCAGUCUAUGGCUAAAUCUUGCCAAUUCUUUCUGCAAAGCAUCUCUAAGAUAUGGUCUUUCCUGGCCAUCCACAAAUGUCUCCCAUUGUCUUGUGUCUCUGUUACGGCAACAUCCUCUCUGGCCUGACAAAUGCAAUCUUGCCCCACUUAGCUCCAUUCAGAAUACUGCUGUCAAGCUCAUUCUCUAGCUUGUCAGUUUGACCAUGUCACCUUCUCUUUGCAUCCCUCUCUUGGCUCCUAUCACAUCAAACAGAAGCCACUGGUCUUUAUUUUCAAGGCCCUUACUGGCCUAGCCCCACCCUACCUAUCAUCUCUCAUUCGCUAUCAAAAUGUCGACUCCCAUCUUUGAUUGGCCCAUGAUUCCAGCCUCCCUCGUCCCCUUGUUAAAUUUUCAAACAAGCACCUCUGUACUUUCUCCCAUGCUGCCGCUCAUGCUUGGGAGGAGCUCUUCAUAAACAUCCACAGAGCUACCUCCUCCUCCAAAACCCUCCUUAAACCUCUUUUUUGCCAUGCAUCUACACAAAACUUGGCAAUGGUUAGGCUGUUGUGGUGUGCUGAGAUCACACACUAUCAUACUGACCAAUGCUGUUUCACUGUUGCCUUGUACUCUCCCAUCAGCUUGUGUGUGCCCAUCCGUUGUCUCUUAUCUCAUACCUGGGGCAGGUCUACACUACAGUGGGGAUCGACACUCUGAGAUCGAUCCACCGGCAGUUGAUUUAGUGGGUCUAGUAAAGACCCACCAAAUUAACUGCAGAUCGCUCUCCAGUUGACCCCUGUACUUUACCCCUAGGGUGACCAGAUGUCCCGAUUUUGUAGGGACAGUCCUUAUAUUUGGGGCUUUUUCUUAUAUAGGCUCCUAUUAUCCCCCACCCCGAUUUUUCACACUUGCUGUCUGGUCACCCUAUGUCCCCCAACGAGUAGAGUAAGGUAAGUCGACAGGAGAUUUUCUCACAUCAACCCCCUGCAGUGUAGACCCUGCGGUAACUCGACCUAAGGUACGUCAACUCCAGCUACAUUUCUCACGUAGUUGGAGUUGCGCAGCAUAGGUCGACUUACCGCAGUAGUAUAGACGUAGUCCCUGGCCCAAAGAGCUUACAAUCUAAGGCUAUCUUUUUCUUCUGUGUUUGUACAGCUCUUAGCACAAUGGGGUUUUGGUCCUUGACUAGAGCUAUGGACUAGAGGGCCUACGUGCUCUGGUAAUAUAAAUAAUGAGCAAUAAAUAAUACACAAUAGGGAUGAAAUGGCCACCCAGUGGCAGCAGAGAGCAAAGGAAUGAAAGUGAUGUAAUUAGAUGAUUGAACAGGUGCUUUGUGGAAGUGGCUGUGGCCGUAGUUAGGAUAUUUAAUGAGUGAGCUAUGGUCUGACCCUAUAUGACAGAGAAAUGGGUUACUAGAUGGUCCCGUGGUCCUUUCUGGGGUGCAGGCAAUGGAUAACAAGCUAGAUGAAUCAGUGGACUAGAGAGGACAGAGGCCUGAUUUGAUAAGGAGGAGGUUAGGCACUGGACAACGAGAGGGAACAAUGCCCUGGCUGUUCUGGUACACUAGAAUCAAGCAGAGCAAGAGCUGGCACACCAGCGUGGAUGGAAUAAUGAUUGAAUAUAAUAUUCCCUAAAUGAAACUCUCCUCUGCUAGAGAGUGAACAAAUUAUUUCCUUGAGGAAAUGCAAUUUCUUUGCAUGGUAUUUUGAGAACCAAAGAAUGCUACUCGGUGUUAAUUUAGGGUCACAGUCAGUUUUUCUCUAGGGCAGAAGUCAGGAGAGAGUCUCCUCCUCUUUGUAAUCUCUCUGGAUGGAAACAGGUGUGGGUGAGGGGAAGCGGUGUGAUUUCCUAAUAGGUUCACCUAUUGUAAAAUCUUAUCACCAGCAACUUUAAAUAAGGCCCUUCGGCAUUAACAGUUUACAAGUUACAGCAUCACUUUCAAUGACCAGCCUUUUAAUUAGACCCAAAGAGAUUUUUUCAAGGUUGCUCUCUAAGCCGUUCACUGCUGCGAAAACAUUGGUGUUUAGAACAACAGUAACUCAGGGCCUACAAAGUCAAUGGAAAGACUCCAGUAGAGCCCGUGAAAUAGACUUGAAUGGGCUCCUCGGAGCUGAAACAAUUCAGAGGCGGCCAGUCAUGAAGCAUGGCACCUCUUUCUUAUUCCCGUGCCCUCUCCUCUCCUCUUUGUCACAGUUUCAUAUAAUUAAUUCGCAUCCCCUUAUCUUCUGCUUACUGUAGUUAACAUCAGCAAUUUGUAUUUAACUUUUCAGUUUUCCCCUUUUAUUUCCUCUUAGUUGUUUUAUUAAACUCAGUCUCUCCCCUUCAAUCAGAUAGUCAGAGUCACUGCUCUCUGUGUAUGUGUUACUUCUUUAUAUUGUUUUUAUUGCAUUCAAGAUAAACAGAAAGAAGAUAGUUACAUGGGAACUGGAGAGUAUUAAGUGUUAGUGAACACAAGUAAAAUAAAAUCUGUAUUAUGGGUCUGGGGUUUUUGUUUUUUUUACUGAUUUAUCCACAGUUAUAAAGGGACAUUGUCAGCCACUAUUUAGGUUCUAAAUCUAGGAUUUCUUAAUCAAAGGUAUAUCAUUUAUUAUAAGGAAUGUCAACCUUAAUUUCAGCCCUCUUGUUCAAAUGCAUUGUGACACUGUCUUUAAUUACAUGAUCAACUACUAUUUUUUCCACAUGCUCUGACCUCAUUCAGGACAGAUGCACCAAUAAAUCUGGCUUUUCCUA